ACAAGGCAGGAAAUGGCACUGGAUGGCCUGCCAGUCUGUUGCAGGACCAAAUUAGGCACACACUCACCCUGGGCCAGCCUGGUAUGGCCAGCUUGCCUUCCACAGAUGAUUCUGGGUCAGUGGUGAGUCCUACAGACCCUACAAAAGGGCCAAUUCUAACCCAGGGCACUGAAUACUUGGAGCAGCUGUGUCACCCAGGAUUUAUUAAUUAGGUGGCCAUUCAAGCAGGGACUAGAGAACCUCCAUUCCAGCAAAUCCCUUCUUGUCCUUUGUCAAAGUGAUCACGUCAUGAUGCUUUUCCUGUUUUUCUCCCUCCUACGUUGGCUUUCUGUGUGCUAACAAGUUUUUGUUCUUGUUUAGGUGAACUGUGUGGUGAUGAGGGGCCUGAAUGAAGAUGAGCUGCUUGAUUUCGUGUCUCUCACAGAGAGGAAGCCUCUUGAAGUGCGCUUUAUCGAGUACAUGCCAUUUGAUGGCAAUAAAUGGAACUUCAAAAAGAUGGUGAGCUACCAGGAGAUGUUAGAUCGGGUCCGGCAGCAGUGGCCUGACCUGAAGCCACUUCCUGCUGAGGGCACCGAGACGUCAAAGAAGUUCCAGGUGCCGGGCUUUCAAGGUCAGGUGGGAUUCAUCACUUCCAUGUCUGAUCACUUUUGUGGCUCCUGUAACAGGCUGCGAAUCACCGCUGAUGGCAACUUAAAGGUCUGCCUGUUUGGUAACUCGGAGGUCAGUCUGAGAGACUGCUUGAGGGCUGGGGCCUCGGAAGAGGAGCUCCUGCAGAUCAUAGGGGCCGCGGUGGGACGCAAAAAGAAACGGCAUGCAGGCAUGUUUAACAUCUCUCAGAUGAAGAACCGUCCGAUGAUCCUGAUCGGUGCUGACCAUUUGAGGUGCCCGUCUUUGCCCAGAUAUUCUUCCUCCAAGCCUUGGCACAAUCGCCCAGCAAUGCAGGUGCCUAAUGUGCUCAAUUCUGUGCCUCACAGUUGUCUUCUGUGCCAUGUUUCUCCAGUAGCAAGGACUUCUAGGAGAUGGCACCAUGCUGGCAUAUUGUAUACUGGGACCCGACAACAUCUCCAGCACCUUCGUCCCAGUUGCAGCAGCACCUUUCAACGGGCACGUCACACCGAGUCCGACUUGAGUUAUCCCAGAGACUCUUGUGGAUGCCAAGCAUCAAGUGCAAAGCUCUGGGUGAGACGCACGUUCUUAGCAGUAGUCAACGGGAAAAAUGCCUUCCAAAUGCUUUUAAUGAGGUGGUAUAAAUUUGCAUGCCAGGCUGGCCACAGUGCCCAUGCAGCAGCUCUGGCUAGGGCACAGGGAAUGUGCCUGAAGUGUACAUACACUGGGCAGACAAAUGUACCUGGUACCCCCUCUUCUGUCCUGAGUUAUUCCACUGCAAGUGGGCAUGAACUGGGCACAGCUGCCUUCAGAUUUGACCCUCCGGGCACAUCUAGUCAGCUCACUCACACAGAUGCUGAAGGCCGGGCCUCCAUGGUGGAUGUUGGCAGUAAACCAGUUACCCGACGGACAGCAGUGGCCCAUGCCAGGGUGAAGCUGGGUGAGCGGGCCUUCCGCUUGGUACAGGACAACCAACUGGCUAAGGGGGAUGCCCUCGCAGUGGCCCAAAUCGCAGGGAUACUGGCAGCUAAGAAAACCAGCUCACUGAUCCCACUGUGCCACCCUCUGCCACUUGACAAGGUGCAUGUAUCUCUGACUCUGGAGGACUCUGCCCACUCAGCUGUGAUAAUCGCAACAUGCCACACCAGCGCUCGCACCGGAGUCGAAAUGGAGGCUCUGACGGCUGCCGCUGUGGCGGCCCUCACCCUGUAUGACAUGUGCAAAGCGGUCAGUCAUGAUAUUGUCAUCGAGGAAGUGACGCUGAUGAGCAAGACAGGCGGGCAGAGGGGCGACUUUCACAGGUGCCCUCCCGCCCCCGAGCCCACACUAAAGUAAUACAGUGGGCAUGGUGCUGGCUUUGAUACCUGAGAGGAAGAAGCCGACAAUGGCGUCCUUGCCACCUCCUGACUGACUCUGCUAAACUUUUGCUGUGUAACAAACUGAAUUUCAAUUAUUUGUAGCUACUUUUGCCUCAACCUCCUUAUUUGUUUAGAGUGCCAUGAAUUUAAUGAGGCUGAGGGAUCCCACGGGCACGAUCAGGGUGCAUCAAAGCUGUGAGUAUAUUGAGGACACAAGACGGGGUCUGCUCUAAAAAUGGGCAUUGGAGCAAAUAAUCAGAAAGAGACAAGUGUGGCAUUGCCCAAACCAGAGCUUUUCAGACUGGGUGUCGCAGCCAAUGCCAGCCUGUCUGUAUAGGUGAAGCAGGCGAUUGCUUAGAUGAGUGAUGGGCACCCAUGAACACGUCACAUUCCGGGCCUCGUUGGGUGAUCUGCGCAGGAUGAAGCAGCCAUUGGCAGGUAAUGCCACACGCACAGUUCAGCAAAUGGGGACAGGCUGUCACAUAGAGGGGCACGUGCUCGCUAGCCUUUACAGUGGCACCCCAAAGAGUGAGCUGUGCACAAAUCACUAUAAUGAGGUGAUGAGCAGAACAGUAAGCUUUGUGAAGCCGACGCUCAAACUCAUUGGCCAGGCGACUUUGAAAUUGCAGAACUCACUGGGGGGUCCCGGGGGGUUUUAAAGAUUUU